AUGCCAUUCCCAGCGGACACACCAUUUGAAGAUGGCACAUUCAAGCUUUUGCUCACGUUUGACGAGUCAUACCCGAAUAAACCACCCACAGUUAAAUUUUUGAGCAAAAUGUUCCAUCCCAACGUAUACGCAAACGGAGAGUUAUGCCUUGAUAUUCUACAAAAUCGAUGGAGUCCAACGUAUGAUGUGGCCGCCAUACUCACGAGUAUUCAGAGCUUGCUGCAUGACCCAAACCCGAAUAGUCCUGCUAAUGCUGAGGCCGCAUCUCUUUAUCGCGAAAAUAUGAAAGAAUAUGUCCGUCGAGUCAAGCUCACUGUCGAGCAAAGUUGGAUCGAUGAGACAGAGGACGCGCACGACACGAACGAGUAA